AUGGGUCCUCAAACGAAGAAGCGCAAGCUUCAAUCUUCCGCCCCUGCGACUUCGAAUGCAUCAAAGCGUCCGAAGAACGCCAAACGCCACCCAAAGUCGAAACCUGCGCCGCCGCCUCGUCGCGCUGUCGACCCCUCUGCGCUCGCAUGGCAGACUGUGGACGAGGACGAGUUUGGCGGUCUCCAGGUCAUUGAGAAUGUCGAGGUGGUGAAUAAGGAUGGAAAGCUCCAGUUCUUGAUUGGCGACUCGAAGCGCAAGACCGAGGCCUCGCCCAACUCAAAGUCCAAAGCAGCCUCCGCAUCAAGCGACAAGCCGGCAGUGGCAGCGACAACCAACGACGAUGCCGAAGACCAAUCUUUUGAGGGCUUUGGCGACGAAGCUAUGGAGGGUCAAGAUGAGCAUUCCGGCGAAACUGGGGAUCCUGAGGAUGGGUUGGCGGAUCAGAAUUCUGAUGAACAGCCGAAGAAAAAGAAGAAGAAGGAGACCAAGGGCAAGACGCACACGGACGACGAGCAGCUGGCGUCGUCCAAGAAAGGCAACGUCUUCAGCGCAUUGGUCGAUGGCGAGGAACCCGAGGUCUCAGAAGAAGAGGACGAGGUCGUGGGCGUCAGCACCAAGGCCUGGGAGAAGAUGAACUUGAGCCCCGAAACCCUGACUGCGCUGUCGAAGCUAGGAUUCGCGAAACCGACAAGCAUCCAGGAACGGAGCAUUCCCGAGGUUAUUAAGGGCGCAGAUGUCAUCGGCAAGGCCCAGACCGGUUCAGGAAAGACACUGGCGUUCGGCAUCCCCAUAGUCGAGAAGUGGCUGAAGCAAGAGUCUAAGCAGGGACCAAUGGCGCUGGUGCUCAGUCCAACGAGAGAGUUGGCGAAGCAGAUUGGGGACCACAUCAAAGCGCUGUGCGAUGGAUUGCCCGAGGCGAAGCCCUUUGUCUGUGUCAUCACCGGUGGUCUGAGCAUCCAAAAACAACAGCGCCAACUGGCCAAGGCAGACAUUGUCAUUGGCACGCCCGGACGACUCUGGGAAGUGAUGGAAGGCGAUGCGAAGCUACAGGACACACUUACCAGGAUCUCGUUUCUCGUGGUCGACGAAGCCGAUCGACUCUUCAAGGCCGGACAAUUCAAAGAGGCCGAGGACAUUAUCGGCGCGCUCGACCGCAGAGACCCGGAAGCUGCCUCCGACGACGAGAGCGAGGACGAUGACGAGGAUGACCCAGCGACGCCGCGACAGACAUUGGUCUUCUCGGCGACAUUCGACAAGGACCUCCAGAGCAAGCUGGCCGGCAAGAAACUAGGGAAGAAGAGAGAAGGCGAUGAUCAGAUGGAGUAUCUCAUGAAGUCCCUCAAGUUCCGAUCGACACCCUCCUUCAUCGACGCCAACCCUGUCCGCCAAAUGGCCGAGGGCCUCAAAGAGGGUCUGGUCGAGUGCGGCGCCAUGGAGAAGGAUCUCUACCUCUACACCGUCCUGCUGCUGAAUCCCAAGAAACGCACCCUGGUGUUCACCAACUCCAUCUCCGCCGUCAGGCGACUCACCCCCUUCCUCGUGAACCUGCAGCAGAACGCCCUCCCGCUGCACUCGCAGAUGCCCCAGAAAGCUCGUCUCCGCUCGCUGGAGCGCUUCACCGAGGCCAAGAAGCCCUCCAUCCUCGUGGCCACCGACGUGGCGGCCCGUGGUCUCGACAUCCCCGAGGUGGACACCGUCCUCCACUACCACGUGCCCCGCGCGGCAGACACUUAUGUCCAUCGAUCCGGCCGUACCGCCCGUGGCGAGCGCAACGGCGUGUCCGUUCUCCUGUGUGCCCCCGACGAGGUCCUGCCCACGCGCCGUCUCGCGGGCAAAGUCCACGCCAAGGCGUCCCGUGAGCACGUCAUCCAGACCCUCCCGAUUGAUCGCAAGCUCGCAUCACGUCUCAAGUCUCGGGUGGCGCCGGCCAAACAGCUGGCGGACGCCACGCUUGCGAAGGAGAAGGCGAGGAGCAACGACUCCUUUAUGAAGAAUGCGGCCGAGGAUCUCGGCGUCGAGUAUGACGAGGACGACUUGCCCGAGAUGGGCUACUCAGGUCGGGGCGGAGGCAGGAAGAAGAAGGAGGCUACGGCGCGGGAGAUGACGAAGCAGGAGAUGGGCAUACUGCGGGCCAAGCUACGGGAGGACCUGGCCCAGAGGGUGAAUCUCGGCGUGAGCGAACGCUACAUCACAGGCGGGCGGGUGGAUGUCGCGGCUUUGCUUCGCGAGAGAGAGAAGGGAGAGGGCGGAAUUUUCCUGGGCGGUGAGGGCCUAGGACUUGGGUUCGCCUAG